AUGUCAUCAUCUUCUUCUACUGAUGUUGCUAUACAGAAAGCAAAUAAGGACUGGCUUGCUCAGGAUCGUCGUCUGCACAAUCUCCUUCUUUCUUCUUUGACUGAGGAAUCCAUGGCCGAAACCCUAGGAUGUAAAAGUGCCGCUGCUGUAUGGAUUGCCUUAGAAAAGGCUUAUUCUCUUCGUUCCAAGACAAGGGAAAUCCAACUCAAUGAUGAGUUGCAACAUUUACGCAGAGCACCUGUUGCUUUUGCGGCUCAUGGUGGCCCUAACUCUCGUUCUAAUCAGCGUGGUGGCCGACAAUCUGAUCGUUAUGCACGGUCUGGCGCUUCUUCCUCUCAAGCUAAUUUGGCAUCAACAUUUGGUGCUAUGAACAUUCAGCCCAACGAGGUUUCUGAUUGGUAUAUGGACUCUAGAGCUUCCUCUCAUAUGACAUCAACUACUUCUCAACUUGACUCGGCUACUCCCUAUAAUGCACAAGAAAACAGGGAUGAUCGUGGGAAGAGGGCGACAUGAUUUUGGUCUCUAUAUUCUGGAACGAAGUGAUUCGGCUUUUCUCAGUGAUCUUAAGAGUCGGCGACUUCGUGCUUCUUUUCAACUUUGGCAUGCUCGUUUGGGUCAUGUUGCUUAUGAUAUUGUCAAAUUACUUAAUAAACAAGGUCUUAUGUAUGUUACUUCUCAUUUACCUAAGUCUGUUGUUUGUCAGUCUUGUCAGUUGGCA